AUGGACGGCAACACCACGGAGGAGCGCAAAGUCAUAUACGUUGCCGACCCGCCCCGGAUACGCCAUCCCAUGCGCUUCAUGGACAAUUGGGCCCAGGCAAAUCUUCCUCCUGACCAGGUGCCGAGCUGCGGGCCGCUGCGUGCACCGUCGGCAGACGAUCUUAUCAAAUACAUGAGCGUCUUCUACCACGGCUUCACGGUUUCCCGCUCCCCUACAGGGAAGUACUGCACCCCCCUCUGCGACCAGCCAUCGCCUGAUGGCAUCUUCCGGCGGGCAGCUCCACCUCCUGGAUCUUAUCGGAGCCGGAGACGAUAUGAUGCCGCCCGGCGCCUACGCGCUCGUGCUGCUUAUCCACCACGAUAUGUUCCAACGCGGCGACGAGAAAAGUCUUCCACGAGAGCGGGAGUUGGGGCCGUAUCGACCGACCGCACGCACGCGUGGCCUGCGUCCCAUUGUAAAUCCUACGUCGACAGUAUUUGCGCAGCCGACGGCCUUCCGCCCGGAGUAGCAUCGAAUAGCGAGGAAGCGGUCGUUCGCGGGCCGUUGUGGGCUGCCGUGGAAGCGGCACGUAGCCUCCAUCAAGCCCCCGAUACCGCGGAACGCCUGUCCGAUGUGUGGUUCUCCAGAGUAGCAAGGGCGGCGGUGCGCAAGCUGGGCACUUGUUUCUGGCUCAGCCGUUGUACCUACUAUGCGUGCGUCAUGCAGAGCACCGCGGGGUUGGCGGAAGGCGCUCGGCACCCGCCGUGCCUGUGUCCCGUCUGCUUGGCCAAGGUCUCGCACUUGGUUGUUUGCAAAGUGCAGAAAGGGGAUGAGGCGGGCAAGGAGGCGUAUGUGAGGGAGAAGUAUCGAGCGAUCGCGGAUUGCUGCGAGGCGUGGGCGGAGGCCGACUUGUUUGCGGGAUACCAGGCGUGGAUUCUUGAGAGGCUUAAGGAACUUGAAUGA